GCUAGAGGACGCUGUACAUCUCUAGCAGUUGCUGACGUAGGGCUGACGUAGUAGGAAGUGUCUUGAAGACAACAAAAGUGCAGCUGGCUAAUCGUCAUUAAAGUGUUACAUGCUAUGGCAAAAAUGCAACGAUGAAUGUUCAGCAACAUUUGAAACUCUUCCUCUAGAGACACUGUGGUGUGGGGAUUAAGCAACAAAAAGACCGAACAAGUUUAUUAGACAGUGACGUUUCCAAGCCUCUCCGAUGUCUUCUGGCUGUCCACCCCAGUCACCUGCUGUGGCAAAGUCUGAGGUAGCAGUAGAGGGAGAAUGCCCGCUGCUGGCUGCCACCUUUGCCUACUGGGACAACAUCCUGGGUCCACGGGUGCGCCACAUCUGGACACCAAAGGGUGACCAAGUGAUGUUCCUCAGCGAUGGAGAGGUCACAUUUUUGGCCAAUCAUACACUCAACGGGGAGAUUCUGCGUAGUGCUGAGUGUGGCGCUGUGGAUGUGAAGUUCUUUGUUCUGGCAGAAAAGGGCGUCAUCAUUGUGUCUCUCAUCUUCGAUGGCGAGCUGAAGGGGGACAAGAACACUUGUGCCUUGUCCAUUAUCCUGCCUCAGACAGAGCUGGCCUUCUACCUGCCUCUGCACACCAUCUGUGUGGAGAGGCUAAAGCAUGUUAUCCGCAAGGGGCGCAUUUGGAUGCAGAAGGGCUUCAACAUCAUCUCAGUGCUGAGCUUGGAGAUUGUCCCCAUCAUGGAGCUGUUGGCCUCUAUGAAGACAUACAGUGUGCCAGAAGAUAUAGAUAUAAAAGACACCGUGCUAAAUGAUGAUGACAUCGGGGACAGCUGCCACGAGGAUUUCCUCCACAAGGCCAUCAGCUCUCAUCUGCAGACUUGCGGCUGUUCAAUAGUGGUUGGAAGCAACCCAGAGAAAGUAAAUAAGAUUGUGCGGACUCUCUGCCUCUUCCUCACCCCGGCUGAGAGGAAGUGCUCUCGCCUCUGCAGGGCUGACUCUUCCUUCAAAUAUGACACAGGCCUGUUCGUUCAGGGCCUGCUCAAGGACUCCACAGGCAGCUUCGUCCUGCCCUUCCGCCAGGUGCUCUACUCACCUUACCCGACCACGCACAUCGACGUCGACAUCAACACAGUCAAGCAGAUGCCACCGUGCCACGAGCACACGUACAACCAGCGGCGCUACAUGCGGUCUGAGCUAAGUGCGCUCUGGAAGACAGACAGCGAGGAGGACAUACCCCCUGACACAGUCUUUCACACUGAUGAAACCUUCACACCUGACCUGAAUAUAUUUCAAGACGUCAUGCAUAAAGACACUUUGGUGAAGUCAUUUAUAGAUGAGGUGUUCAUGCUGAAGCCAGGCCUGUCCCUGCGGAGCACCUAUCUGGCCCAGUUCCUGCUGCUGCUCCACAGGAAGGCCCUCACGCUGCUCAAGUACAUCGAGGACGAGACGCAAAAAGGGAAGAAGCCGUUUCGAUCCUUGCGCAACUUAAAGACGGACCUGGAUCUGACAGUGGAAGGAGACCUGAACAUUGUAAUGGCCUUCGCAGAGAAGCUGAGGGCAGGGCUGCACUCAUUCGUGUUUGGGAAGCCAUUCUUCACCAGCAUGCAGGAACGAGACGUACUCAUGAGCUUUUGACUCCAGUCUUCACCUGCACUUUAUGUAUUGGACGGUUAAUGGAAAAAAUGUUGUUGUAUUGUUUUUGGUUUUUACUGUUACAUGAAUGCGUGCACAUGUACUCUUGAGGCAAGACUGCCAUUAGCGUGAAUAUUUGUUUCUGCUUUGCUGAAAUGAUCAAUACAAGGCAUGAUUUCAAAGACUGAUUGUUACUGCUGUUAUGAGCCAUUAGAAUUAAGAUUUUGAUAUAUUGCCUUGAUCAACUGUAAGCAUAAUGUGAGUUUAAUGUUUUUAGAAGACUUAAAUUAUUCUCUGCAGGAUGAAUUAUUCAUGUAUUCAAUGCCUUCUGUUAAUAAGAGGGUCUGUAUUAAUUUCUGGUGUUAAAAUUGGCUGAGGUGCCCACCAGGACAUUUGCAAUUUAAUUGGAAAUUAUAUUUAUUAAAAUAUGACUUGUUAUUAGUUUCUUGACUGCCGGUUGUUAGACAACAACCUCAGCUGGCCUUUGAACCUUUUGAGCUUGUGGAUUCCCUUUUAAAAAAAAAAAAAAAAAUUAAAUUAAAUUACUAAACCUGAGUGCUGAAUGUGAAUGGUGCAGAUCAAGCGACAUGACAAGAAGGUUGUGAGUAAUCAUGAAGCACAGGGAUUUCAUUAAAGAAAAAGACAAAAGCACUGUAAAUCAAAUCUUAUCACAAUACUUCCUGACAGGGGCGGGGUGGGGGCGGACAGUGUUUAGAGUGUAGAGUUAUCAUUAAAUGCAUUCACCCAGUUGUGUGUAAAAUGGAUUGGCACUGAUAUUUUUUUUUUUUUAACUCCCAUAGCAACAACCCAGCUAUUUGCUGUUAGGAUUGUCCAUCUUUACUGCCAACAUGCAUCCCUCUGUGGUCAUGCAGUCUAGUUUAUUUGCUUUGGGUAUUGCUUCCAAUCAUGCUACUUGUUUUGACUUUGUUAUAUGUUGAGUUGAUAAUGUGCCAUUCUCCAUUUUCCCUGCAUUUACGUGUAAUUUUGAAUGCAGAGACAGUCAAACCAUGUUUAUUAGAAAUGCAACAAAUGACAGACAGUGGUCUACAUUUAACCACUUUGCUUCCUUCCAUUUUACUUGAUGUUUUUUUUAACAGUGAACUUUUGUCUACUCGUGCAAAUGGAGUAAUGAAUAAUAAAGACUGAUCAAGUCAAUGUAA